AUGACUUCCGAGAGAAAGAGCACUCACAAUUACAACUUUGUGGAGCCUCACUUGAUUGUGUUCAGAGGAUUAGGGGCACGUCUAGUUCUUGGGAACAAAGAUGAAUUAAAGAAGUCUUAUGGAAACCUCCUAGGAAUCUUGAACACUGAAGUCAAUACCAAUGUUGUGCACACUCUGGCGCAAUUCAACGACCCUCCGUUGAGAUGCUUUAAUUUUCAAGAUUACCAGUUGGCACCCACGUUGGAGGAGUAUUCUCAUAUUCUGGGUAUUGGGAUCAAGAACCGGGUGCCUCAUGUAUUCACAAGGGAGCUCCCUAAGUACCAUGUCAUUGCUGAAGCUCUCCACAUAGGGGAGAAGGAAGUGGAGUUAAACCUGAAUCCCAAGGGUGGAACCCAUGGGUUUACCUCAAAGUUUCUGGUGGAGAAGGAUACUACCUUUGCUGAUGCUGAGAGUUGGAUGACUUUCAACGCCAUUCUAGCUCUACUUAUCUAUGGGAUCAGAUUUUUUCUGAACAUGGAAGAAUUUGUGGAUCUGGCUUCUAUUCAUAUCUUGUUAAGUCAUAAUCUUGUUCCUACUAUUCUUGCUGAUACUUACUAUUCCAUUCAUGUGAGGACUCAGAAGAAGAAGGGAACCAUCGUCUAUUGUACCCUUUUGCUAUAUAUAUGGUUUAUUUUGCAUCUACCUGGCAAUGGUCCUUUAAUUGAAAACAAAGACAAUCUGAAGUGGUCUCAGAGGAUCAUGUCCUUAAAUGCCAAAGAUAUUUCCUGGUACUAUCGAGCCUACGACAACGUCAAACUCAUCCUCAACUGUGGUGACUUCCCUAACGUAUCUCUUCUUGGUACAAAAGGGGGAAUCCACUAUAAUCCAAGGUUGGCGUUACGACAAUUGGGAUACCCCGUGAUAGAUAAACCUGAUUCCAAGAGUGUAAAAGGUUUUAUUCUACAUGAAGGGGUUGAUGAUACAGAGCUACUCAAGAAGAUUAUCAUGGCUUGGGGAGCAAUUUGUCCUCAAGGAAGAGCAGAAAUGGGUAAGAAGAACAGCAUAGCCAGGGAAGCUUACACCAGGUGGGUGAAAGACAGAGUCAAAGAGAUAUUGUUGUCAUUUCCAUCUGAACCAUCCAUGAGAAUCAAGCCUCUUGAACCCGUGAUCAAUCAUACUUCUGAAGUCGUUGAGUGA